AUGGAUGACCUCUAUGACGAGUUCGGUAACUACAUUGGCGAAGGUGGAUUGUCGGAGGGAUCAGAAGCCGAAGAUGUCCCUACAACAGGCUAUGUCUACGAAGAUUUGGAAGAGGAGGAGGAGGAGCCUGAAGCUGCUGGCCAGGAAUUGAUGGAGGUCGACGAGGGCCCAUCGAAUGCGGUUAUAUUGCACGAAGAUAAACAAUACUAUCCCAGCGCUGAACAGGUGUACGGCGCUGAGGUAGAGACUUUGGUCCAAGAAGAAGAUGCGCAACCUCUCACACAGCCCAUCAUCAACCCGGUGCAGGAGAAGAAGUUCGCGAUACAGGAAACAGAUCUUCCUCCAGUUUUCUAUUCGAGAGAGUUUAUGGCGGAUUUGCUCAACUAUCCAGAGCAAAUCAGGAACAUUGCAAUUGCAGGCCAUCUUCAUCAUGGGAAGACGGCCUUUACAGAUAUGUUGGUCAUGCAGACCCAUGACAUAAAUGAGCGACUAGAGAAACGCACCGGCAGGAACCGAGACGAACAGUUGCGGUACACCGACGUGCAUUUCCUAGAAAGAGAACGGCAGUUGUCCAUAAAAUCGGCACCAAUAACUCUCGUCCUACCAUCAACGAAAGGGAAAUCGCAUCUGUUCAAUAUUUUAGACACACCAGGCCAUGUCAAUUUUGUCGACGAAGUCGCGGCCUCCAUACGCUUGGCGGACGGCGUUGUGUUAGUCGUUGACGUUGUCGAGGGUGUCCCGGCAAACACAGAGCAGAUCAUAAAAUACGCUGUGUUGGAGGAUAUACCACUGACAUUGGUAGUGAAUAAGGUCGACCGGUUGAUUCUUGAGCUAAAACUGCCGCCGACCGACGCAUACUUCAAACUGAAGCAUGUAAUUGAGCAAGUUAAUUCCACGAUUGAGGGCGUCAUCCCGGGGAAAGGGGAAAGCCGACGACUUAGCCCAGAAAAGGGGAAUGUUGCCUUUGCUUGCAGCUCGAUGAACUGGUGCUUUACUCUGGAAUCGUUUGCUCAUAUGUACGCUCAGCGACACUCUAAACUCGAUAGUGUAGAGUUCGCCAAGCGACUCUGGGGAGAUAUCUUCUAUAACCCCAGAAGUCGCAAGUUUACACGCAAGGCCGUGGAGGAGGGGUCUAAGCGAUCCUUCGUCAACUUUGUGCUGGAGCCCGUAUACAAACUAUAUUCACAUACGAUUAGCGAGAGCCCCGAGGACCUGAAAGAAACAUUAGCGAGCCUCGAUAUACAAUUGAAGCCUUCCCAGCUCAAAUUAGAUGCAAAGGUGCUUCUCAACCUUGUCUGUGAACAAUUCUUCGGAGCAGCUACUGGAUUUGUCGACAUGGUUGUCCAGCAUGUACCGUCGGCCGUUGGGGGAGCAGCGCACAAACUAGAGCGAUACUAUACCGGUCCUUUGGACACAAAUAUUGCGCAAUCCAUGGCAAAUUGCGACCAGGAUGGACCACUUGUGAUCCAUGUGACCAAGUUGUUUAACAGCUCUGAUGCUUCGACAUUCAACGCACUCGGAAGAGUCAUGAGCGGUGUUGCUCGACCGAACCAGCAGGUACGUGUGCUCGGGGAGGGCUACUCUCUCGACGACGAAGAGGAUAUGGUCAACGCUACCAUCACCGACACAUGGAUUGCCAACUCUCGGUAUAAUGUUCCCACCGACGGGGUACCUGCCGGAAAUUGGGUGCUGUUGGGCGGCGUGGACAACUCGAUUAUGAAGACUGCAACACUUGUUGCGCCCAAACUGGAAAACGACGAAGAUGCUUAUAUCUUCAAGCCAAUCCGUCACAUGACUGAAUCUGUCUUCAAGGUUGCGGUAGAGCCUAUCAACCCAUCGGAACUUCCCAAGAUGUUGGACGGCCUUCGUAAGAUUAAUAAGAGUUAUCCUUUGAUUUCUACGAAGGUGGAAGAGUCCGGCGAACAUGUCAUUCUCGGUACUGGAGAGCUUUAUAUGGACUGCGUCCUCCAUGAUCUGCGCAAACUCUACGCGGAGAUGGAACUGAAGGUAUCGGACCCCGUGACUAGGUUCUGCGAGACUGUGGUGGAAACAUCGGCCAUUAUGUGCUACUCUAUUACACCGAAUAAAAAGAAUAAGGUGACCAUGAUUGCAGAGCCUCUAGACGAGGGCAUUGCAGAGGAUAUCGAGAGCGGCCGUGUUCGUAUCAAGGAUCCGAUUCGAAAGGUAGCUCAGUUCUUCGAGGACAAGUAUGAGUGGGACAAGCUUGCAGCGCGCAGCAUCUGGGCGUUUGGCCCCGAGGAGAAUGGACCGAAUAUAUUACAGGAUGACACACUUCCGUCACAGGUGGACAAGAAACUGCUUGGAACUGUACGCGACUCUAUUGUCCAAGGUUUCAGCUGGGGAACGAGGGAAGGUCCUCUAUGUGAAGAACCUAUCCGAAACACCAAGUUCAGACUUACAGACAUCUCACUCGCCGAUCAGGCAAUCUACCGUGGUGGUGGGCAGAUCAUUCCCACAACUCGCCGCGCCGUCUAUUCCUCCUUCCUCAUGGCCUCUCCCCGACUGAUGGAGCCCGUUUAUGCAUGCGAAAUGCUCGGACCAGCAGACGCCGUGGCCUCUGUGUACACCGUGCUCUCAAAGCGUCGAGGCCACGUCCUUGCAGACGGACCUGUUGCAGGAACACCGCUGUACUCGGUCCGCGGUCUGAUACCAGUCAUCGACUCCUUCGGAUUCGAAACAGAUCUUCGAAUCCACACCCAAGGCCAGGCAACUGUCAGCUUGGUGUUUGAUAAAUGGAACGUUGUUCCUGGCGACCCGCUUGACCGAGAAAUCAAACUUCGGCCACUAGAAAUGGCAAGCGCGCAGGCUAUUGCUCGAGACUUUGUCCUCAAAACGAGAAGGCGCAAGGGUCUAGCGGAGGACGUGACUGUUAGCAAAUUCCUAGAACCCGAGUUAUGGCGCGGACUCAAGGACAGCGGAGUGCUUGAGGGGUAG